UAGUUAUCAGCAUACCGCACACAUUGGCUGCGAGUUGCUUCCUUAAAAAGUUAAUUCAAGAUGAAGAUUCCAAACGAAUUUAAAAUUCUAGUGGCAUUUUUCUGCGUUUGUUUGAUUUACCACAUAGACGGUCUGCCACGGCAUCAUCACAAUUCCACGGCGUGGAACAAUAGCGGACGGCAUAAUGCAACACAUCACCGACCCAGUCAUAUGAUUGGUUACCAAAAUCACACCAAUCCUAAUAACUGGCAACCAUAUCACCGACCCAAUCAGACGAUUGAUCAUCAAAAUCACACCAAUCCUAAUAACUGGUAUCCACAUCACCGCCCCGGAAGACCAUGGCAAAAUAAUCAUCAUUCACAUCGAAGAAAUUGGACGCAAAAUAUCCCCAUCAGCCUGCCACAGGUGAAUAAUGGAUCCAAUUCAUAUCCCACUUGGCAUGCCGGCCUUCCUGGUAGUACUCUGGUAGCUGGAACCCAUACCGAAAAUACAUUACCUCUAUCCAAUAAUGCUGGCAAUCGAGGUAUUGGGUUCAACUUAGGUCCACAACUAACACCGUUAGCUGGUAGUGCCUCUGGACAUAAAAAUACAGUAAAUGGCGGUUGGAAUUUCCCUAAUGGGCAACUAAAUGGAACUUAUAGCGCACACCCUUACGGAAAACUAUUUGCUUGAAAUAAUUUACUUUAAAAUAAUUUCCAGUUGAGAUACAUACGUUCCUAACAAUAAAAAAUUAAUACUGUAUUACUA